AUGCCUUCUGCAUACCUGGGUCGUGCGCAGGUACUGGUCGAACAGCUUGCGCAGGCUGGCCGUCCAAUAGGGCUUGAUGAGCAGAAUCUACACAUAUUCAGAGGACUUCGGCCGGAAUAUCGGUCACUGGUGGCGUCUCUUACGACCAAAGCUGCUCCGUUGUCUAUUCCCAAAGUGGCGAAUCUCCUCAACACUCAUUGCUACUUAUUUCCAGAAGAAGCCAUCCCGCCGCCGGUCGUAGCCAUGGUUGCACACCAGUCGCCGUCGAACUACAGAGGUCCCUCCGAUGGCGGUCGUGGGCGUGGACGGAACCAUCGCGGCCAGCGUGGUAGAGGGCAGCGCGGUCGUGGCGGCAUUCGGUGUCAGAUUUGUGACAUUCCCGGCCACACCGCUCUCACUUGCUACUGGAGAUUUGAAGACUUCGACGGCCAGCGACCCACCCCUGCGCAACCAGCUGUCCAUCACAUGCGUCAACCUCAGGCACAUGUUGUUUAUCAACCGCAACAGAAUGAUCUCACCUCCGCCCCCUUCUCUAAUGUAUGGUUGCCGGACAACGGGGCCAAUGCUCACGCCACUCCGAACGCCGAUGGCUUAAGCGGUGUCGAGUCAUACUUGGGUGGUGAGUCGCUACACGCCUACACGUCGGGGAUGGAACAUGUUUGA